AUGGAAAACGGGUCAUUUAUAAAAAUCAAUAUAUUGAUUCCCCCUCAAAAAUAUAUUGCUAACAGUUUUGUGCUAUUAUCGUAUAUUAUCAUUCAGAACCACAUUCUCGAGAAGCUCAUCCAAGACCUCACCUAUCAAAUCGAGGAUGAAAACCGCGUGUCGAUGGCCCACCUGAGCGAGAAAGACGAUGAGAUCCGAGCCGUACGAGCUCAGUGCCAAGCCAUUACCGUUGAACUUGAGAAGCUUAUUGUUGAAAAAGUUAAUCUCGAUGCCGAGAUUAGCAAGUACCGUCAGUUAUUGGAAGGAGAAGAGAACAGAACACAUGGGCGAAUUAUUUCUUCGGCUAGUCACUCCUUUGAACCUACAACACAGACCAACGUGCAUGUUCGUUCGAGUGCAAUGCGUCGUGUUACUGGUACAAAUCGUUCCGACACCCAACGAUCCGCCCAAGGAAAUGUUUCCAUUUUGGAAGUGGCAUCUGAUGGAUCAUUCGUCACCAUUGAGAAUACCUCAGUAUCACAUGACGAAGUGAUCGGGGACUGGAAGCUCCGCAGUUCGGGAUCUGGUCGUGAUAUAACCUUUACCUUCCCGAAAGAUUUCAGGUUGACACCGAAAUCGAAAGUAACGGUUUAUGCUCGCGGCAGAGGAAUUCAUGCGCCACCCCAUUCACUGGUAUUCGAAGCCGAGGACGCUUUCGCUACCGGUGGUGAUGUGCGCACAUACCUCUACAAUGAGGAGAAUCAGGUGUGA